AUGGCAUCAUUGGUGCCCCUUUUCUCGGCAAUCUACUUCUACACGGUAGUUCUUGUGGGCGCCGAGCUCUCGAGACGUCUUCUCGACUUGACUUUGAGCAAAAAGUCCGCACUUUACCGAUUUCUCAUCGAACUUAUUGGAACUACACAAGUCCUCUCCUGUGUCAUUGAGCAUGGUGGGGGAAAAUCAUUUUUUAGGAAAAUAUGACUUUUCAGGAAUCAUCAAAGAGUACUACGGUCUGACCGCCUUCUUCUUCACCCUACUAAUCGUCGGAUUUCUUUUCGGAGUUUUGAACCGAAAAGCCUCCUGUGCUCCACUAGUCCCUAUCGAAAAGUACAUCUACGGAGAUAGAUCGUGAGUUGAAAUAUUGACUUCUGAGAAAAAAAAAAACAGAAAGACUCCGAAAAUUACUAAACUGUCCGUCAAAAUGUGUCUUUAAACUCCCGGUCAACGACUGUUCUGAGCUCACAGGAUUGAUAAAUCAAUUUCAAUAGGUUAUUUUUCAGGCUGAAGCUGAAUUUGAAAGCAGAAAAUGCUGGAAACUAACAUUUAAAAAAAGUUAUGAGCUUUCAAAGUUGACCUAAGAAAUACACACUCGAUUUCAUUAAUAUCUUAAGCGCACGGACACCUUUAAAAUUGAUUCUUAAGCUCAAAAAUGCUUUCAAAAAAUUAAUAAAUAGUCUCUGUGACCAUUAGGAUCAGCUCUAUCUACAAUUCGAAAAACAUCUCAAACUGGAUCUUUCAUUUCCACUUAGGUAUCCAAAUCUUCCCUCAAGGACUUCUCAACAAUAUUUUGGAUCAAACAUUGAAAUCUGCGUGAAAAACUGCAUCCAGUCAACCUAGCCUCUUUUAAAAGUCUGACAGCGCUGAAGAAAUCUGGAGGGGUCCCUAUAGGCUUCUGUUGUCUUAUGGUCCAUUAUAGGGGCAAUUUUGGGGUCCCUAUAGGCUUCAAUAAGCUAUCCAUUUUCUUGUGUGACGGCUCUGGACAAUGAAGCCGUGGUUUCCCACUUCUAACAUUUCUCAAACCCCUUAGAUAGGUCGCAGUGAGAUCGAACUUGUGACCCUUUGGACCGUAGACCGGCACACAACCUGUUGCGCUACGGCGCGCCUCUUUAGAACCACUAUGAAGAUUAAAAAUACUUUCCAGACUCGGGCACGUGAUCUCGAUCCUGGUGGCAGAAGUUCUAGGAGCCAUGCUGGCGAUUUCUUUGACAAACAAGCUUUGGGCCCUCAGUGCCCCUUAUUCGGACCCUCAUCUGACCUUUAUGAGCGAGACGGCGUGUCAAGUAACCCACUACGUGAGUUUUCCAGAAAUGAACUUUUUCCUUCAUGUCGAUCUUCUUCUCCUUCCUUUUCCUACCCCUUUGUACCGCUCGAGCGGCGUCGGCGCCCCAAGUCGAUUAGCCGAGGUCCUAUCCUGAUAUGUGAUAAUCAGUGGACUGGCUCUAGUGACAUAUCCGUCCUUGUGUGUGACGGCUGGGGAUUACGAAGUCGUGGUUUCCCACUACCACCAUUUCUUGAACCCCUUGUUUGGGUCGGGAUCGAACUUGUGUCCCUAUGGACCGUAGACAGGUACACUACCUGUUGUUGUGCUACGGCGCACCUUCAAAUCGAUCAAUAUCAUAAAAUAGCCUUUCAAUUCAGUGAAAAUAAGCUCCACGGACAACUUGAUGAAACUGGUUUUUUUGAACUAUUAUUAUCAAAAAAAUAACGUUUAAAAAAUAAAAAGUGAAGUGUUUGGAAAGAUUUUUGAAUUAACAAAAUUUUUAAGAGUGUCCAGGAAUCCAGUGAGGAGGGAGUACUUGAAAAAACGAUCUUUAUUGAAAAUUUGGAAUCUUUCAACCGAAUAUGACUUUCAGCGUAACGUCCCUAUCGUCCUUGCCUUUGAGACGAUCGGAGCCUUCGCUCUUCGAUUCUUACUGAGCCAACUUGACGAAAACAUCAUCAAGUACAUGGGACCACUAUUCGUCGCCAGCAUUUUCUCAUUUGGUAAUAAAUUUAGACUAAAUUUUUUUUCUCAUGCGUUUUUCGGCCGAUGGAUGUGAAAAAACGAAAAAUUCGAAAAUUAAAGUCGUUUUUCGGGUCAAAAUCGGGAGAAAGACAGGCGAAUAAGGUUUUUUCACCUAGCAAAAAAGGUCUAGUGCUUUUUUUAAGACCCUAACAUCUGAAGUUUCGAAAAAAAUUUUUCGUUUUUAGGAGGAGGGGCGUAAAAAGUCGAUAUUUCAAACCAAGGGGGGGGGGUUAAAGUGAAAAGACUGACUUGAAUUUCUUAUCAGAAAGUCCAAAAGCUUCUGCUUUAUCAAUCUUCCUAGAAACAGAAAAAUUUCCAGCGACAAGUCUAAUCGGCGACUCUGCGAUGGAUCCCCUAGUGGCGACUACUCUGUGGUACGGAUGCGCCGGGAUAACUUCUCAAUAUUUCCUGCUGCUUUACUAUGUUGGUUCCUUCACAUUUUCAGACUAUCUUGAAAUUUCAUCUUACAAAAAGCUUCAGGUAGCAUUGGAAAGAGAAAAAUAUCAUAGAAUGAGCAAAAUUUUCGAUUUUAUCACUCGAUACGCUAUCGAAAUGUACACUGGACUCAAUGAAAAAAAUCGAAUAUUUUUUUAUAAGUUAUUUUGAAUGCUUUUUUUCUCUUUUUGAGAUAUUUUUAGUGUCGGAAAAUGUAAGUUUUAAGAAUUUUGAGCUAGGAAUUUUUUCGAAUUUUUUUAAAAAAUACCGGAAAAUUCACAAUAUUUUCAAAGCUACCUCGAGUGCUCCAAAAACGAAUGACGUCACUAAAAGCUUUCCCCCUCACUUAAGUGCCAACUUCCAGAUCUGCCCAACGGUUGGCUGGCUUCUCGGCGCCUACCUCGACCGCAAAAUCAAAUCCCCAUCUCAAAAGACCAAACUCAAGGCCAAACUGAAGAAGACCAACUGA